CCUUGCCCGUAAGAGGAGCUAGUUUCACAAUUUAUAUUUUAUAUUUUAUGAAAAAGACAACAGCAACAAGUUUUAUUGAAGCUUCAUACGACUCACAGAGGAUGCGACCGUGGCGAUCGUUAAUUCUCAUCUUGACGGUAUUUCUGGUCAACGCACGGCCUGGCAGUGUUCGACGUGGGCUGCUUGUGCUGGGCUUGCACAAUCACACCGAUAUAGCCAUGAGCUCGUGGCAGGAAGAUUCCUUUCAGCCGGACUCAUAUUGCUGGCUUUUGCUUGGCAAGCUAAAAAGUUCAGGGUGUCCUUUUUUAAAACUGCUAUUUCACAGCCUUGUGGCGCUGCCCGUGUACAACUUUUUAUUGAUUAUGAUUGGCUGGUACCUUAACAAAAGCGCGUCCUGCAGCGCAGAGCGAAUUGUGUUGGUGCUUCAGCCUAUCAUGCAAAGAUCGGCAUCCACUUGUCCACUUGAUCCACUUGUGGCAACAACUACACCAAUGCCACCUUUACCACCGCCGCGUUGCAAGCGAAGACAAGCGCCGAAACCGCCACCGCGCCUUGUACGCCACUCAGUCACCUGUGGCAAUAGUUAUCCCAGCCAGAAGGAUCCCUUUUCCACCUUGCAUGGCUUUCCCAAUCACGAACAAUACAAAAGCCUGCGCCGAAAUCUAAAGCGUGUGCUUGAAGGGCUGCAACAGCCACCGACUCCAUCCCCACCACAAACGUGGCCAUUGACACUGUGCAAUUUGUCUCAAAUAACUGAAGAGUCGGCCCAAUCCUCUUCGACUGCUUUGAGCCUGGAGCUGCCCAAGAAGAAAGCCAAGCCUCCAAAAUUGUUUCGCACGCUGUUUAAGCGACUGGGCAAGCCCUUUGUGAAAAAGACCACCCAAAUGCAGUACGAAGGAAGUACGGUUAACACAGAAAGCAACGACAGCGUCAAUAAUAACAGCAACAAAAACGGCAUAUUUCAUCCCAUUUGGCAACGUUUAAAAUUUCGGUCCAAGCGCAAGCCCGGUUCCAAACAGCCACUGUCGUCCAAUAUUUCGGAUUCGGUUAGCUCCAGUUGCAGUUCUCGUUGCUUAUAUGCCUCUUAGGCGCACAGAAUCGCCUGCUUUGAAAUUGUCACGUAAAUUUCGUUCAAUGGAAAAUGCGUGGCCAUUGCAGAGCAGGUGGUUCUUAAUAUAUCUUCAACUAUAUUUUGUUACUAUUCAUCCACAACAUUCUUAAAUAAAUGAUCAGCUUAAAGGCUUUU